CACACCAGCAUCAUGCUGUCGGCCAUAGCCAAGCUGUGCUGUGGGAUUUCAUACCAACAUCUCCGGAGUGUGACAGGUCUGCAGCGUAAGGCCAUAGCAGCUUUAGGACAGGAAAUCGCUCUCAUGAAGAAACAAAGGAAGCUCCCCGUCAUGAGCAGUAGCUGGGGCUCAGCAUGGAGAAACAUCACUGAGGAGACGGAGCAGACAGAUUCAUGGUGUGAUGGUGUGGAGGACACAGACCUGUGGUUUCAGCAGCAGGGACAUGAAGCUCUACACAAAGCUCUGGACAUCACACAGAACGCUGAGGGCUGGAGGACCGAAUUCACACAGGACAGUGGUGAGGUGAUAUACAGUAAAGUUGUUGAGGGGAAUCGUAAGGUGUUCAGAUUGGAGGCCGAACUUGACGCUCCACCGGAGGACCUUUAUGAGCUUCUGUUUGUGAAGGUGGAGGAGAUGGAGGAGUGGAACCCCAGCAUCGCACACAUCAGGGUCCUGAAACGCAUAGGGAAGGAAACCAUAGUGACGCAUGAGGUCUCGGCAGGAAAAGCGGGAAAUCUUAUCGGUCAGCGGGACUUCCUGAGUGUCAGGCAUUCGCUGAAGACGAAGCAAUGUAUUUACCUGGGCGGAGCCGCGACUCACCUGGAGGCGUUUCCACCCCAGCCAGGAUUCAUCAGAGCUGAAGAUGGUCCCACGUGUAUAAUAAUCCAGCCGUUACCUGGCUGCACUGCAAAGAGCAAACUCACCUGGCUGCUCAACAUGGACGUAAAGGGCUGGCUUCCUAAAUCGUUGGUGAAUCAGGCGCUCCCUCAGGCUCAACUCGACUUCACAAGGAAUUUACGGAGACGACUGGAGAUGGACAGGAAAUGA